GUUUCGUUCUGAGUGGUUCCUCCCUGCCUGCUCUAAAAAGGAAUUUCACUUCCUCGGAGAUCACACGCAGUUCUGGGAUUUUCAGUGUACCACCGGAGCCAAGAUAGGAUCGAUCUGCUCAAUGCUUUAAUGCAGCAAAGAACGAAGAACUCAGGUGGUUUUAGAGGUGAACACACAACCAGGGCUGCGGUUAGAACUCUUCCAAGUGCCAAAGCCCACCGGCGAAGACAUCUGCUGACCAGAACUUGGCUCCAGACAGAGGGUCUUUCUCAAGUGACACUAGCCUGCCUCACCAAGGGGGCUAACUGCUGGCAUGGGCAUUGGACUUCAGGCAGCUGAGCAAAGCAACCACAGAGCUCACAGGAAUGACAUUCAGCUGGAAAAUGCAAAGGCUGCUGGGAAAAUGGGCAUCACUGUUGAUCUGGAAGCCAAAUAUGCUAAGCUGGGUCUAAAUCUAGGAGCAAUCACACUCGGAGAGAUGGAGAGAAAGAAAAUGAAGAAUUCUCCCCUCAGGAAAAAGGAGAAUGAAAACAUCUCUCUAGCUGUAUGUGCUCUCCUGAACUCUGGAGGUGGAGCAAUCAAGGUUAAAAUUGAAAAUGAAGGUUAUAGUCUCACUAAGGAUGGCCUGGGACUAGAUGUGGAAGCGUCUCUUUGUAAAUGUCUACCGUUUGUCCAGUGGCACCUGGACUUCAUGGAGAGCGAAGGCUACCUUUAUAUCCACGUGAAAUCGUGGAGUCGGGAAAUCUUUGGACUGUCUAUUGGCACCCUGAGAACCAAUUUGUAUGUAAGGAGCAUGUCGUCCUCCUCACAAGUGAGUGCCGCAGCUGCUCUGGAAUUUCUCCAGGACCUGAAGGAAACUGGAGGGAGACCCUGUGUCAGACCGGAGUUGCCUGCAAGCAGAGCCUGCCCUGGAGUAGAAGAAGAAUGGCACCUGGAGGAUUUGGCUGCUGCCUUUUUUAACAAGACGGAAUUUCAGUACAAGGAACCUUUCCACUUUACCAGAUCCACAUAUGUUGAAGUGACAUCGCUUAAAGUGAAAUGCCUGCGAAAAUGCAUCAAAGUGCUCCUCCCUCAAACUGUGUCUGCUUUCGCUAACACGAAUGGGGGAUAUUUGUUCAUUGGUUUGGAUGGCAAAACCCAGCAAAUUAUUGGCUUUGAAGCAGAGAAGAGCGACCUUGUGCAUCUAGAGAGUGAAAUAGAGAAGUGCAUCCGACAGCUGCCUGUCACUCACUUCUGUGAGGAGAAGGAGAAGAUCAAGUACACGUGCAAAUUCAUUGAAGUACACAAACCCGGAGCCAAGUGUGCAUAUGUGUGUGCGCUCAGAGUGGAGAGAUUCUGCUGUGCAGUGUUCGCUGCAGAGCCCGAAUCCUGGCACGUGGAAGACGGCUGUGUGAAGAGGUUUACCGCAGAGGAGUGGGUGAAGCGCCAGAUGGAUGCUCCAGCUGGUGGACUGGGGGAGGGGUUUUGCCUGCCUGCUUCAUUCUCAGUCGAAUGAUACAUUUUGGACAUGCAGUCUACUGGUUGCUCUAUUAUUUGCAAGCUGGCGAUUCUCAGCCGAUCUAGUCAGGUCUUAUAUAUACAGAGUUUCAUUUGCGUGACUCUUUUCCAGAGCUUAAACUAUUAGGGCCAAACAGAUUUCUUUGACAUAAAAUUUUUAGUAUUCGAUUCUAUUAAAACUAAAGCUUAAUUUCUAAAUUCUUU